ACCAUCCACCUCAAUCGCCAAACCCAGCUCGACGACAACUCUCCCGCAUUCAAAGAACCCCUCAACGACCCCGAACGCGCUGGCCGCCACGCCCCCAGAAAGUCGUAGUCUAGAUUUCAAAGUCGCCAACCGUCUUAUACGCUAUUCCACGAUGGCGGUCGCAUCGAUACAGGACCGAACCGCCGAGUUCAAAUCGGUUCUCGCUCAAGCGCAACGUCGACAGGCUUCCAGCAAGGUCGGCGCUCAACGACGAUCACUCCUUACGGACUCCCAGAAAGCCGCCGGCGAUGGCGACUCACGACCCCGGCGUUCCGAGUUUGCGCGCCAGGCGGCGCAAAUCGGGAGAGGAAUCUCGGGCACAAUGGCAAAGUUGGAGAAGCUGGCAACAUUGGCGCGGCGCAGAACCCUGUUUGACGACCGGCCAGUCGAGAUCAACGAGCUCACAUACAUCAUCAAGCAAGAUCUGAGCGCCCUGAACCAGCAGAUUGGAGGCCUGCAGGUCCUAACGAAGCAGCAACAUCCAAAGGCCGAUCAAGAGGGAGAACACAACAAGAAUGUCGUCUUUAUGCUGCAAGGCAAGCUGACGGACGUGUCGGCCAACUUCAAGGAUGUCCUGGAGGAGAGAACCAAGAACAUCCAGGCCUCGAGAUCUAGGACAGACAACUUCAUCUCGAGCGUCUCGCAACACACGCAACCACCCCUUCAACAGUCAGCAUCGCCGCUGUACGGAACACCCCAACGAGGGACGCCGUCACCAGGCGCAGAUCUGUUGUCGCUGAAUCCGCCAGGUGACCAGCAGCUUCUCAUGAUGGAAGAGGCGCAACCGCAAAACACGUAUAUCCAGGAGAGAGGUGCUGCUAUUGAAAGCAUCGAAUCCACCAUUGCGGAGCUCGGAUCUAUUUUUGGUCAGUUGGCGACGAUGGUUUCGGAGCAGAGCGAGAUGAUCCAGCGCAUCGACGCAAACACGGAAGACGUUGUCGACAACGUGCAAGGAGCGCAAAGAGAACUUCUCAAGUACUGGGGUCGUGUUUCUAGCAACAGAUGGCUCAUUGCCAAAAUGUUUGGUGUACUCAUGAUUUUCUUCCUACUUUGGGUCCUCAUUGCCGGUUAGCAGUGUGCGACGGUCACGCACGAGGGCGACGAACGGCGGUUCGGAGGGUUAGGGCGGAACUCAAACUGUUCAUUCAACAGG